GCUGGUUUGAAAAGUGACAACGGUCCGUGGUUUUUGGUUGGUCGCUCGCUUGGUAGCUGCUCUUCCGUGAGCGGCUGGGACUCCCGGAGGAGACUCCCAUAAUGGAAACGUUGUCAUUCCCCAGAUACAACGUAGCUGAGAUUGUAGUUCAUAUUCGCAAUAAAUUAUUAACAGGAGCAGAUGGCAAAAACCUAUCGAAGAGCGAUUUUCUUCCAAAUCCGAAGCCUGAAGUCUUGUACAUGAUUUACAUGAGAGCCUUACAGCUAGUGUAUGGAGUCCGGCUGGAGCACUUCUACAUGAUGCCGAUGAACAUAGAAGUCACGUAUCCACAUAUAAUGGAGGGCUUCUUACCAGUCAGCAAUUUGUUCUUUUACCUAGAUUCGUUUAUGCCCAUUUGCCGGGUGAAUGACUUUGAGAUUGCCGACAUUAUCUAUCCAAAAGCAAACCGGACAAGUCGUUUUUUAAGUGGCAUUAUCAACUUCGUUCACUUCAGAGAGACAUGCCUGGAGAAGUAUGAAGAAUUUCUUUUGCAAAAUAAAUCCUCUAUGGACAAAAUGCAGCAGUUAAGCAAUGCACACCAGGAAGCAUUGAUGAAACUGGAAAAACUCAAUUCUGUUCCAGUUGAAGAGCAAGAAGAGUUCAAACAGCUUAUGGAUGACAUUCAGGAGCUGCAGCACCUGCUGAAUCAAGAUUUUCGACAGAAAACGACGCUGCUGCAGGAGGGAUAUGCCAAAAUGAAAUCAGAUAUUUCAGAGAAAACCAAACAUUUUAAUGAACUAAAGUUGUCAGUAGUUUCUUUGAAAGAAGUUCAAGACAGUUUGAAAAGCAAAAUUGUGGACUCUCCAGAGAAGCUGAAGAACUAUAAAGAGAAGAUGAAAGACACUGUCCAGAAGCUCCGCAAUGCCAGGGAAGAAGUGAUGGAGAAGUAUGAUAUCUAUAGAGAUUCUGUGGAUCGAUUGCCUUCCUGUCAGCUAGAGGUGCAGUUAUAUCAAAAGAAAUCACAGGACCUUGCAGAUAAUAGGGAGAAACUAAGCAGUAUCUUAAAGGAGAGCUUGAACUUGGAGGACCAGAUUGAAAGUGAUUCAUCAGAACUAAAGAAACUGAAGACUGAAGAAAAUUCCCUCAUAAGACUGGUGACGAUGAAGAAGGAAAAGCUUGCUACCACACAAUUCAAAAUCAACCAGAAGCAGGAGGAUGUGAAACAGUACAAGCGGACCAUGAUUGAAGAUUGCAAUAAAGUUCAAGAAAAAAGAGAUGCUGUCUGUGAGCAAGUAACCACCAUUAAUCAAGACAUCCACAAGAUUAAAUCUGGGAUUCAGCAACUGAGAGAUGCCGCAAAAAGGGAGAAACUGAAGUCUCAGGAAAUCUUUGUAAACUUGAAAAGUGCUCUGGAGAAGUACCAUGAGGGCAUUGAGAAGGCAACAGAGGAGUGCUGCGCUAAAAUAGAAGAGAAGACUGCCGAGCUGAAGAAGAGGAUGUUCAGAAUGCCGCCCUGAUGAACAGCCAGCCUUCCUGUAAACGGCCUGCUGCCUCUCAGUUUCUGUUUGCAUUGUUAUACUGAAGCUAAUAGAAGUACCAGCAGUAUCAGCUAACUAACGUGGGUACCAUGGGUUCCUGUUUGUCUUUGGUGUCCCUAUAUAUGAUGGUGUGCUUCCUGUGUUUUUUUUCUUGGCAAUGGGGUUACAACUCAGGGCCUUGCGGGCUACACUGACUUGCUUUCCCAGACUCCAGAAUGCCAUGUGUUAUAUAGGCUUCUGCUUCAAUUAAAUAAUGUGUACAGCUUCUAUGUUUCCACUCUGUCUCUUUUUGUAUGUACAGGUUGGAAUAAACAAAUAGUUAACUAAA